AGUGCCUCAGCACUAAAUGUCAGCUCCAAAGGGAGGGGCAAGGACAGAAACAAACAAGUCCCUAAAUUGUAAACUGGAAGGAGUGGGCACAGAACAAGGAGAUGCAUGCAGGAUGGAUGGACAAUGGCAAAUAUUUUCUGACACAAACUGUUUCAUGCCUGGACAAUUUUAGACGGCGCAGCCUUGCUACAUGGUGUAAGAAAUGGCUGUAGGAAACGACACUCAGCGAAGUUAUUCCAUCAUCCCGUGUUUUAUAUUUGUUGAGCUUGUCAUCAUGGCUGGGACAGUGCUGCUUGCCUACUACUUCGAAUGCACUGACACUUUUCAGGUGCAUAUCCAAGGAUUCUUCUGUCAGGAUGGAGACUUAAUGAAGCCUUACCCGGGGACAGAGGAAGACAGCUUCAUCACCCCCCUGGUGCUCUAUUGUGUGCUGGCUGCCACCCCAACUGCUAUUAUUUUUAUUGGUGAAAUAUCCAUGUAUUUCAUAAAGUCAACCAGAGAAUCCCUGAUUGCCCAGGAGAAAACAAUUCUAACCGGAGAAUGCUGUUACUUGAACCCCUUACUCCGAAGGAUCGUAAGAUUCAUAGGGGUAUUUGCGUUUGGACUUUUUGCUACUGACAUUUUUGUAAACGCUGGACAAGUGGUCACUGGGCACCUAACGCCGUACUUCUUGACGGUGUGCAAACCGAACUACACCAGCACAGACUGCCGAGCCCACCACCAGUUCAUAAACAAUGGGAACAUUUGUACCGGGGACCUGGACGUGAUAGAAAAGGCUCGGAGGUCUUUUCCCUCCAAACACGCUGCCCUCAGCAUUUACUCCGCCUUAUACGCCACGAUGUACAUCACAAGCACAAUCAAGACGAAGAGCAGUCGACUGGCCAAGCCAGUGCUGUGUCUCGGGACCCUCUGCACGGCCUUCCUGACGGGCCUCAACCGGGUCUCUGAGUAUCGGAACCACUGCUCCGACGUGAUCGCGGGCUUCAUCCUGGGCACUGCGGUAGCCCUGUUUCUGGGAAUGUGUGUAGUCCAUAACUUUAAAGGAACGCAAGGAUCUCCUUCCAAACCCAAACCCGAGGAUCCCCAUGGAGUCCCCCUAAUGGCUUUCCCAAGGAUAGAAAGCCCUCUGGAAACCUUAAGUGCACAGAAUCACUCUGCCUCCAUGACCGAAGUUACCUGAGAUGGCUGAUGUGUCACAAGCUGUUUUUUUUUAUCACCCUCCAAUUCGAUACUUCAAGACACACAGUUACUCGAUGUCAAACUGUGAAGACAAGUAUUAUGUUUAUCUAGUUAGAGGCUGAUGUUUUGUACAUUUUUUGUAUGAGGAAGUGAUGUAGCUUGCCCUGAUUUUUUUUUUGUUCAGCUUUAAUAUAUUUAUGCGAGAAUUUUAAACCAACAAAACUUUCUUCUUGUUCAAGUGUGCAUCGAAAAACCACAUUUAUUCAAUGAUUGAUGUUGUUUUGUGAUAUUUGUACACAAAUCUUCUUUUCUCAGUUUUAUAGACACGGAAAUAAAAUUAAAAAACAAUUCACUUUAACCUUUUCUUACCACAGUUGCUGCCUCCUCCAGAAUUUUUGAAUAUUAAUGAAAGUUAACUUUUGAGUUGCAGAGAGGACGAUGUUGGUUAAUGGUAAAUCUCAAAAUCAAUUGUACAGAAAGAAAUAAUACUUUCAAAAAGAACUUUGUGUUCUGAUCUCUUAACAUGUUAUUGCAUUCUAAGUUAAAGUAAUACAUUAAUGAGGUCACCAAGUUACAUAAACAAUUGGCAGAAGAUUCUGGAUUUGAGGAGUAUUGGGGACAUUAUGAUUCUUUUUUAGAUAAUGCUCUCUCCCAUCUAAGAAACUCUAAGAUCUUCCUGGAAUUAUGGUGACACUGCAUACUUCUUUCCAAAAAGCAGCCAGCAUGAGCCUCCCAUGUCAACUCAACAGUUUUGUAUAUCAUAUUGUAUGGACUUUAUAUGAAAAUGACUAUUUUACAGUUUGCACAGUAUUAUUUUACAGAAAGGGUCUCAGAGCAUCUACAACCCAGAGCCCAGAGCAACAGCCUGACUUUGAGGCUUUUAAUUGUUCUAGAAUUUUCACUGCAUCUCAUUUUUCUAGCAUGGUAAUAACUGACGUGUAACGCCUUUUCAAGAGGAUCUCCCUUGUCUGUACCUAUUCGAAUGUUUUCUUGACACUUCCAUGUUGACUCUUCUUACCUUUUUUUGUACAUAUUUUUUUUCUAAAGAGAAGGAAAAAAGUUAUCACAAAAAUUUAUUCUGGCUCAUGUCCUUUGUUUUAAGCUUUAUUCACCGGGUAAAAGUAUUCGAAGAGUCACAAUGAAGGGACUCAAUAAAUAUUUAUACUUUUCAGUUCCACGCCUGCUGGGAUAAAUCCUAAUCGAAGCUGUACAUGUCAGCACCAAAAUUAGAAUCUAGGUCUACCUGACUCCAGAUUUCACUCUUUCCAAUAUACCAAGAUGCCUUUGAACCAAGUCCACAUCAUUUCAAAGGCUUUUCAAUGUGAUGUACCUACUUAGAUGGUUCAGGGGUGGUGUAGGUGAAAAAAGCUCAUCAUGAGAAGGAUGCGUUCUGCUUAUGAGAAGAAAUAAUUUGCAAAUGCUGGCCUCUCCAAUCUUGUAUAAGCUACCUAAGCGCAAUGCUGUCCAAUUUCAGAGUGAUUCACUUUCUAAACACAUUUUAGGAUUUUUUGAUAACAGCACUGAUAGCUGAAUUCUAUGUCAUUAUUCAUAAUAAGACACUCUGGGAAAGGCUAACAAGCUGUAUUGAUUUUACAUUACCCAUUUCUUGUCACAAUUUAAAUAUCUGACUACCAGAUGGUAUUUCCAAGAGCUUAAGUCAGGUUGAUAACAUGAGUGUUUUCCUUCUAUUCUUCCCUCUGGUUUUGAUCUGGAUGCACCCAUUGGAAGUUCCAAGAUCUCUAGCCAUAGAACCCAAUUUCCUGGCCUUGGUGGGUAUUGGUACGUGACUGAGUCAUGCUCCACAGGACAAAACACUGGGGCACCUGGAACUAAGGGGGCAUCUCUGGACUGACAUCCCUAGGAUCCGUGAGACAGUCUGAGUCCUUCCAUUAUACCAUGGCAACCUUAGUGUUGCCCCUAAUUAGCCACAAGCCACUUCACGAGCCUCACAUUGAUCUUUCAAGCCUGCCACUUGAGAUUCAUGUCUUAGGGCCAGGGACUCCUCCUCAUGGGCCUUCUAGCCAGGACAAAGCCCUCUGUCUACAUAGAACAAGUGGUCACUUAUCCUCAGAAAGAAUAAAUUCUGCCAUGAGCUUUUCUUCCUCUUUUUAAGGAAAGCCCAGAGUAGGCUGAGAAGUCUAACUCUGUGAGAGGGAAGUGGAAAGAAACAAAAGAAAGACUAAUACAGUGUGUUGACAUAAGCAACCUCAUGAGACUAUUAGCCCCUGAGGAUAUCUGUGACAUCUUUCAUUUCUUUGAUUCAAAACAGGGCCUGACACAGAGCAAACUGUUCAAGUGUGUCAAAUAGGUGGAUUCUAGAAAUUCUCCUAAUUUGGUGAAAGGAGACUUGACUCAGUUGAAAAUAAAGAGAAUUUGAAUGGGGACUUAAAGAUAGCUGAAAGAUCAGUAUAUUUAGAUACAGGAAUAAUAAGGGUGAGGAAACUGCACUCAGCAGUUAUGAACAUGUGAGCUAUUAUUCUCUGGAGCAUUUGAGAUCUUGCUCCCUGGCAUAUGUCAUCAGUUUGGCUUAAAUAUACUCAUAAAAAUUCUUCACAGAUUUGGAGGUUUCUUACAUCAACAUGUUACAUAAAGUCUUAUCUCCAUUGAAUCAUCCUGUAAAGCAAUUUUUUUUUUCAAUUUCAAGUGAUGUUCUGCAGUUUUUCAGAAUUGAGUAAAUCCAGGCUCACUAGGGUCAGAUAGAUGCAUCGUACAUAAUUCUGUACAAAAUAUUUCUAUCUUUCUCAUUAUCCCUCUUUGUAGCCAACAGAGCUUUUGCCUUGGUAGGAACCACGUAGUCAGGUAUUUCCUCAUUUGAGCAUUUUUUCUGUCCUGUUCUUCAGCAGCCCCAGAGGUAAGUGUGAAGAUUGGCAGGUGCCCCUUCACUCCAGCUGCCUGUCGUCUGGGGAGGCUUUCUCUGGUUCAGGGUCUUGAUGAAGUUCACAUCUAGGGCUGAUGGACUCAAUAGUAAUCACCAGUUGUGAAUAAACUCACUAUGAGAGGGACUUUGAGUUUUUUCACCACCUUAAAAAUAGAUUUUUGAAAAAAAAUAUAGAUUUUUGUACAUUUGGUAAAGUCAGUCACACCAAGACCCACUGGAUAUGUUUUCAUUAAUCUACCACUGCAAGUUAAACCACUGAUUUUGGUGAACAUGUACCAGAGCUACAGCCAUAACUUUCUCCUCAUUGGCAGGAAGCUGGAGUUUAACUCUGUUAAAAACAUAAAAACUUCCAUAUUAAAUGAUAAACCACAUGACCCUGGUAUGUGUUCUUCUAGGAUUUUUGGCAGUGUGUCUCUACAUCAGACUUAUUCCUUCUUAUUGUCAUAGCAUCUUUGUUCUAGGAACAGCAAAAGAAAAUAAAAUACUUGACUGUGAGAUGCAGUUCAAAUGCCAUAUCCUCUACAAUGCUUUUUCUGGUGACUGAGGAGAGAAUUACCAUUAACAACACCACCGCCUCCACCAUAUUUCCAUAACUUUUAUAAUGACUUUACUGCAACUGGUAGGGAGAGGGAUAUCAAAGCAAGGAGGAUGUGGUCUGAUUCUACCUGGUCACUAAGGCAGAAUUCUCAGAAUGGAAGUCACCACAUGCCAGGUCUGGACCUCUCAGUCCUACAGGACUGAGACCAGGCUCUGAGCUCCUCAGAGAUAACCAGUUCCUUUGUGACAACCUCUUACUUACGGUAGCAGGAUAAAAAAAAAAUUUUUUUAAUUAACCCAUUUCUCUGCAUAUUUUCAAAGCCAAUCUAAAUGUCCUAAUGAGCCUCUCUAUCCCACUGAGAGAAAGGUGGGCCCCGUCCAACCAGUCGGAAACUGAAUAGGACAAAAAGGCUGUAAGAAGUAAGAAGGAACUCCUCCUGCGUGGCUGUUUGAGCUAGAACACUGGUCUUUUCCUGCCUUCAGACUCAGAUUAAAACAUUGGCUCUUCUUGAAUCUUGGGCCUGUCAGCUUUCAGAAUGGAACUUACACUGUUGGCUUUCAUGGUUCUUAGGCCUUCAGACUUAUACUAGAAUCGCACCAUCAGCUCUCCUGGGUUCCAGCUUGCCGAUUGCAAAUCUUGAGAUUUCUCAGCCUCUAUAAUUAUGUGAGCUAAUUCCUUAUAAUAAAUCUAUUUCUCUCUCUCUCUCUCUCUCUCUCUCUCUCUCUCUCUCUCUCUCUCUCUGUCUCGUCUCUUGGUUCUGUUUCUUUGGAGAACUCUGACUAAUACAUAUUUUGGUACUGAGAGUGGCUGGUAAACUAACGAAUAUAAUGAAAUCAGCUAGUUUCUUGCUCCUAAUGUCAGUGGACAAAGUAGAGAAAGAAAAGGAUGAACUCAAUCAUUUGAAUUCCCAGCUUAUGCGCCCCAUAAGUGAUCUGAAGCUUCUGUGUGUUGCAGGAUAUCCUUAUCUCCUGGAGCCACAGGGCUGAUUGCUAAAAAUCAGACUCAGAAUCUUAUCUUGUGACUGGCUGAAUUACAAUGCAAUUUGAACACCCAGCCGCAUAGGGCAUCCCGCUGUUAAAGUGAGGGCAUUGAUUGGAGAAGGUAUUCCAUAAAGUUGAUGUGAGAAUUAAAUCAGGUAACUCAUGGAAAUAUUUUAGCAAAGUUUCUAGUGUACAGUAAAUACUCAAUAAGUACUUUUGUGUCUGUGUUUCUGCAAAAUAGGUGGCUUAUUUUCAGCUCAUCUCCAAUCAGGAAGUAACUCUACUCGCCAUAGGAGAUUUCACUUCUUCCCACUAUCCCAUCAUCACAAAGAAAAUGUAAUGCAGUCACCUCUAUCUACAAUAUAUAAUCCUCAGGUUAUGCAUAUUAUGUGAACUUAAAAAAUGUUAAGUCUAAUAAAUAAAUUCAAGAUGGUUAAUAAUUUUUAAUUCAUCUUGCUCAAUUUUCUUUUAAAAAAUUAGAUUGUACAAUUUAUCCUUCUACAGUGCCUCAGGCCAGCUACAAAACAAGAUGGGCUGCCAUGGUAGGCGAAGUGUUCAUGAUCAUGAUAGUCUUCAAUACAAAUAACAGAAAAUCCCACUGUCAAUAGCUAAACAAGUAAGGACAUUUAUUGGGAAUAACAAGAAACCCAAAGGUUGAGCAACUAUGAAAACAACAUAAUUAGAGCCCCUUACUCUGCUAUGCAAUUCAUUUGGCUCAGACCUUGUGUGUUGGUUUUGUCCUCAGACUAGGUCCACGUAUGGCCCCAAUAUAUCCUCAGCCUUAAGACAAACAACACCCAAAGGGGGCAGCCACCAUCUCUUUGCUUUUUAAGACAAGAAAAUCUUCCCCCAAAAUUUCCAAAAUGUCUCUUUCAGACAAUCUCCAUUCUCUUCAAAUGUCUCUGACAUCUCAUUGGCCAGAAUGCUGUUACAGGUCCACGCCUACACUAAUUGCUGGAUAAGGAAAAAUGACCACCGUGACUGGCCAACACCAAUGAGCACUCACGUAUGGGGGCUGGAGUAAGUCUAGAAUUGCCAAAGCACAGGGAUCCAAUUGGGUAUUAUUGGAAAGGAGGUAGGUUAGGCAACCAAGAGUCUACACAGAGAUUUUGAAACCCAUGAAACUUUCGGCCAGAAGCAGUAGAAAUCUGUGAAGGGCACAUACAAAGAAUGGGAGAGAAAUACCCAGCCAUGGUUAAAACAUAACAGUGAAACAGUAGAGUGGCAACCCUUAAAGAAAGAUUUAAAGAUUGCCAAGUCCAGCAUUAUACAUUAUUUGUGUAUUCAAAGGCACAUAAGCUGUUAUCUUUGACGUAGACUGUCUAACCACCCUAGAAAGGGGAUAUGAUAGAGUAAAAGUCACUGAGACUCAUAUAUACACAGAAAUAAUAAGAUAAGAAGUGUUCUACAUAUUGGUUUAAACUAGAGGGACUUCUGCCAUCAGCUAAAAGAUACCAGGACGGAGAGGACAGCUUGGAGAAUCAACAUGUCUGGACAGGUCAAUUCAGGAGUAAUCUUUUUCCACAGGUUACAGAAAACAAGUGAAAUGUGUCAGAAACCAGAAAAGCACCCCCCCUUUUUUUUUCAUUUGUUAUGAAAAUAAUUAGGGGAAAUAGGAAAAGCAGGUGUGGCAGACUGUGCUGAUUGGCAACUCAACACCGCUUGCUAAUAAUGGAUCUCAUUUUUGUUCACUGUCCACCAAAUGGACAUGUUCUCAGUGGAUGCUUGGCCCAUCUCUAUGCCCACAGGUGAAUCUACAAUAGAUUGUCAAAGUUGUUACGGCAGCCUCAUUCUCCAUGCCUGUGAUUACUUUGGACAUGAACAUGUAAUACAGUUCGGGCCCAGAGAGUACCAAGCAAAACGAAAUAGUAAUAAUAAACCCACCCCUGCUCAUAUCAUGAUGGAAUCUCAGAACACUAAGAAAAAAGAGAAAAUUGUAAAACGCUUUCAAAGAAAGAGGAAAACAGCUCCACAAAGAACAAGAAUCAGUCUUCCCACUGGCAACCGUGGGCGCCAAAACAAAAUUAAGACCACAAAGUGCUGAGGGAAAAUAAUUGUUAACAUCAAAUUCUGUAUGUAUAAAAACUACAACUAAAGAGGGAGAGCAAAAUAUAGACAGGUGACCAUCCGUCUUUUAAAAUAAUAGCUUGAGUUUUUAUUUUGGAAAAAAUGGCCAAAUGGAUGACAAAGCCAAGAAUUAGAAAGACAGGUUGUAAGUAACAGGAGCAAAUAAAUCAUUAAAGCAUAGUCAUGUUAAAUAAAUAAUUAUUGAUUGUGAAAAAAAAUCAGUAAUCUGAAAUUAAUGGGGAGUGUCAUGGAGGGAAAAUGUAGUACAUGCUAAAGUUCUUAUCUUUGGGGGCAGAGAAGUAAAUAUAUUGAUUAUAGCUCUUAUUUUUUUAACUUUUUAUUAUGAAAAAUUGCAAGCACACAAAAGUAGACAAAACAAAUGAAACUCACUAUACCUAUCAUCUAGAUGUAAUAAUUGUUCACAUUUCCCGCAUUCUUGUAGUAUUUUAAAACAAUUCCCAGCUAUUGUGACCCUUUGCCGCUAGAUAUGUCAGUAUGCAUCUCUAAAUAGUGACUUUUUUAUAUAACCACAAUACCAUUAUAAUGUCUAACAAGAUGACAAUUUUUAGUAUCAUUUAAUAUCUAGUCCAUACUCACACUUCACUAACUGUCUCAAAAAUGUGUUUGUACAGUUACUUUGUUCAAACCAGGCCCACACAUAGCAUUUGGUUGAUAUGUCUCUUAAGUCUCUUUUAAUUCUGAAAAGUCCCCCAGCUCAUUCCUAUAGGGGGGGAAAAUUCCACAAAGUAAAAAAUUUCAAAUUUUUCAUGCAACUAACUUACCAACAAGACCAGGUCAGUUGGUAAUUAACUUGUGAAGAUCAGAGACCACAUCAUAGAAUGACCCACGCUCUGGAUUUGUUUGACUGUCUCCUUGUAAGUGCCAUUUAACUUGUUCUCCAGCCACUCUAUUAAUAAGACAUUUGAUCUAAAGGCUUGAUUAGGUUCAAGUUUAACUGUUAUUAGAAGUAGUUCUAAGUAGUGCUGGGCACUCCACAUUACAUCUCAUCAUGAAGCACAUUAUGUUAAAUUGACCAUUUUGAUCAGUGGGUUUAUAUAGUGACAGUCUGACCCCUCCAUUGCUAAGUGACAUUGUUCCUCCCCCCUCUUCUUCAUAACCAGCAAGUUGCCUAUAGGAUGAUACUUUGUGCUUUGGUAAAAUUACUCUGGUUUAAGAGGGGAGAAGAAAGUAAACUAGAAACUAUUUAGAAAUUAA